AUGAGCCAGUACACCGUUAGCAGUAGUGAGAGCAGCUCCUUCUGCACGAAUGCGGCGCCAGAUUCGUGCACGCGCGUUGGCACGGAGCACUCCGAGUCGGUUGUUGUGAGCAUCAGCAAGCGCACUCACAUGCGCCCAACCACUGGUGCGGCUGCGGCCGGCGGCGUUGAUGAGGAGGCUGCCGACUCUGGCUGCAACGCAAGCACGCAGAGGAGGCCGUUGCGGUCAGCCAAGGUCGCCUCCGCGAAGAUGGGGCAGGAGUCGCCAUCCAUGACCAUCCGCCGCGUGCCGGUUGACUACUCCAAGCGUAUAGAGGACCAGAAGGCACGCAGUAAUGCGCUGGAGCGAUAUAAAAUGCUUGUUCGUGGGAAUCAAGCGGUGAAGUGCGGGCGGUCAUCACCAGGCUCUGUUGAGGUUAAAGAGGGGAACACAUCCUCCGCGCAGCGCGAUGGGGCGCAGCACCACGCAUGCACUGCAUCUCGCGACUCCUCUGCCAUCAGCGAGGCCGUUGCCAGCGGCGACGCAGUGGCGAAGGAAGAGGAACUGCCGCUGCCCGUGUCGCAGUCGCGCCGAAGCGCUGGUGGGCCUGUUUCUUCCUCAGGGUCUCGGCGGAUACCGCCGAGUGCGAGCUCCUCGUCGUUCUCGGUGCCCGUGGACCGGCCUAUCUCCCCUCCUGCAGAUUCGGCCGCUGACAAGGUCGAGGGAAGUCUCACUGGCGACUCCACGGUGCCAGUGGUGCCGCAACUGAACCUCUCCAAGGUAUAUGGUCCGUCGUUACAGCAGACAGCCACCGGCGCCGCGGACGGGGCGGGCGAUGCUGAUGUGCACUAUGUAGCACCGGAGUUGACGCAGCCAUAUUGUGUGUCGAGUCGGCGGCGGCGCGACUCAGUGCGGCCUGGUUAUGAGCCUGUGAUGGUACACGAACGCACCUCUCUUCAUCGCACUUUGUCCGCCUCCUUCGCCCAGGCAGACGUGUCGUCUUCCACCUCGUCAUCGCAGCUGCAGCCGCGCUCGCAGAACGACAAGGGCAUCAGCACCACAACGCGUCGCGCAUCCACUUCAGUUGCAGCUGCUCGACUGAGCGAUCAGUUGACUAGACGCCGAAAGAGUGAUGUGGCGAAGACAGUGCCGACGAUGGGCACAGUGACAGGCGUGCCUCCGGAGCAGGAUGCGAAUGAGAAGGUCGCCGAGAAGGGGGCGGGUGAGGCCGCAGCCAUGAACAUCACCUCUGAGUCUCCAAUUUUGGGCGAUGUAGCGGCGCAGCGCUUCCACGAUGGCGAGACGGGCGACAUAUCGAAGCAGGUGGAUGGCGAGGAGGAUGGGGCUGAGGGCCACGGAGCGCCUGCUGCCAAAUUGGCGCCUGAGCAGGGACAGGAGGCGAUUCUGCUCCCCGGCAGCAAAACGACCUUCUGGCUACGCCCCUCGACCGCCAUGUACGAGAUGACCGCCAGCAUCGCCGCAAAGCGCAAAGACUACCACGGAGACGAGGAAGAUGUGCGAAGAAGUCCGCACCGCCGUGACCAGAACCAGUCGCGCUCGUGCGCCGCUACCGCGAGCACCGCCAGCAGCUGCGGCACCCCCCGCGGUCGCUCCUUCACCACCGCAGAACCGAAGCCCCGUUUCACCACCCAUAUGACUAGCGUAGACCGAGAACGCUAUGAGGAGACUCCCGCUGCUGUCGCUUCCGCCACGGCGAAGACGUAUGGCACCAUCUACAGCGCCCGCCAGUCUACCAUCCACAUGAGCCCCCUUUCCCGCCUCAGGCAGCCUACGUCGACGGACGCCUCCGCUGUAAAUCAGACCUACGGCUUACCGCAUCGCACUUCGCAACAACAACAGCGGCGUGCAGUGCCGCGGGUCUGCAGCCAGCGCAGCUCGCUAGAGCGUCGUCCCAGUACUCUCUCGCCGUUGAGUAGCGACCGAUCGAUCACAGUCUCGUCGGCGGAGCGCCACCGUGCCGUCAGCGCUAGGAGUGUGUCCACCCGUCAGCAGGACUCGUUCACCAAGCACUGUGCUCGUGUGGCGGCGCGCAACAGCCGACCUGAGGAACUGACCGGUGCCGCUGCGAAACCAGCGAAGACGACGACAGUGGCCACCUCAGCGGGUGAGGCUCCGGCAAAGGGAGGGGCCGCGGUGCCUUUGAAGCCUGAGGUUAACAAGAGGCUGCAGUUUGAGGUCGAAGCCGAACCCGUGCCGCGACUGACCGUCCCUCAGGUCACCGGUCGCGUUAUCACCUCACAAGUGGAGCCGAAGUCGCCAGUGACCACGAUUCACGGCUUUCAGCAGCCGGGCGAGGGCUCCCCGUGUAAGUCUCGCCGGCGGGAGCAUGAGCUCACCGCCUCCCCGCCACGUUCCGACGACUACGCCGACUUGGAGUCACGCCUUCUCACGCAGGACACUGCGGUGGGGCUCGAGGAGGAGGAGGCACGCGUGCAACAGGCGCGUGCGGCGCUGGAGAGCUGCCGGCAAGCGUGUCAGAAGCGCAUGGACGAUUCUCGCGCCUCUCCCUCAACGGGCGCCUCCACUUCCACCAACGAAGUGGUGGCCGCCAUGCUGCAGGGAAUUGUGCAGCAGACACGCCAGGUGCUGCCCUGCUACCUAUGCGCAGAUCAGCAGGCUGUCUCUGCUUAUCGUGUGCAUGUGGACCUGUGCCGCCCAAAGACAGAGGCCUUGUUGCGUGAGUACUACACCACCAUCGACGGCAUAAAAGACAUCCCUGCAGCGCUGCAGGAGCGCGUCCAGCGCAUGGCCUCCCAGGAGGUGCCCAUCACCACCUCCCCCGAAGCGGUACGCGAAGUCUUUGCAAAGGAGUGUUAUCAAUGCGUGAAAGCCAUGCUUGUGGCGUGCCGCAAGUGUGGUGUCCACGUCCGUGUGCACGACGUCAAGGAGCAUGAGAUGCUUUGCGGUCGUGCUUGCUACCACAGCAGCCGCGCAGCGGAGCGCGUCCGUUCCACAGUGGAGCGCAUCGAACAUGGCUCUCAAGAGUAA